AGAUGUGCAUGACUUAACCACUCCCACUCCCACCUUGUUUCUCCACCAUAAAACAUGAACCAUGGUAAAUGUUAAGACAAAUCUUGGGAGAAACAUUUAUCAAUUCCAACACCUCUCCUCUCUCCACCCCAAUACUAUAUGCUCUUGGAAGAAGAUGAAGAUGCUUACAAGAAACAGUUCUCUCAAUACAUAAAGAACAGCGUAACUCCAGACAUGAUGGAGGAGAUGUAUAAGAAAGCUCAUGCUGCUGUACGAGAGAAUCCGGUCUAUGAAAAGAAGCCCAAGAAAGAAGUUAAAAAGAAGAGGUGGAACCGUCCCAAAAUGUCCCUUGCUCAGAAGAAGGAUCGGGUAGCUCAAAAGAAGGCAGGCUUCCUCAGAGCUCAGGAGCGGGCUGCUGAGAGCUAAACCAAACAAUUUCCUAUGAUGAUUUUUCAGAUAUAGACAAUAAACUUAUGAACAGCAACU